AUGCCUUCUCGCAUAGACGCCGAAGAUCACGGCGAACAGAAUGGUGACGGCAGUGGAUCUAUACUUGCAAAACUCCAUCAACCUCAAUUUGAUCCCGUCGACUUUCUGAACGAUUCACUGCCCAGCCUGAACUUGUCAUCUCAGACCCAGAUCUCGAAGACAAGCAGGUCCACACAGAUUCAGGGUGCCUCUACCGACUCACUUGCUCUACUCACGUCGCUCAACACAAUCAGCAUCCGUGCCUCCUCGGAUUUGACGUCUUUGACGGACGAGAUUAUUCGCAGUGGAAACCGUCUGGCCUAUGAGGUUGAGGUGCUUCGGGGUGAUGUGAACGGAUUUCACGAGCUGUUGACCGACUCGCUACGAGAUGAUAUUAGCCAGUUCGUCAAGAACGAAUUUAUCGCCAAUGAGCCACCGAGUUUGAAUUCCGAAGCUGAGGGUGAUGGCUCUUUGCAAAACGCGGAAUCACAGAACGAGCCUGAUUUCAUGGCUCGACUACGGCUACUGGGAAAGGUGAAAGCACGGCUUGAGUCUGUCAUCGCCAUAUUUGGGGAAGCAAUGAAAUGGCCAAUACCUCCCUCUGAGUUGUCCAUGGCUUCGGCCCUUAUCUCAGUCUCCUCGCCUGAGUUGGGAAUACAAAGCACAGCUGAAGACGACAAGGCGCGCGAGGUAUUGAAAAGCAUUCGGGCAGAAAUCGAUGAUCUACUGGGGCAAGAGUCGGCCGGCUAUACUGGUCUCGAGGCCGCAUCUCAACGAGUAGAAGAAUACAGACAACUGGCAAUGCUUUGGAAGGGCACGGGCGAGGAAAAGGCGAGAGUGAAGUUCGUUGAUUCAUUGGUUAAGUUGGUGGAAGAAAGGCGGAAGACACUGGAUGCACGAGAAAGGGCUCGGAAUCCCAAGGUGGCUAGUUCUGUACGAUCAAGCUCAGCCAUGGACAGAAAUCCCAGAGGCUCGAAUGAGGGAAGUAGCGGUGCUGCUGGGCUGUUCCGGAACCUGCAGCGCUUGAAAGAUGAUCUGUACCUCGAAUGA